UCAGGGGCGUGGCUUGGCCAGGGGCCCUAAAUUUAGGAAGCGCACAGGCUGCCUAGCGCGGGUGCGGAGCGGGGCUAGGAGGAUCCCCGGAGCACUACAGGUGAGGAACAAAACAUAGCAGAAACAGAUACCUUCCUGACCAGACAGGAAAAUGGUCGAUCCGGUGGAAGAGUACAAAAUGGACCACAAGAAGAGAGGGGUCGCGCUGAUCUUCAACCAGGAGCACUUCUUCUGGCACCUGAUGCUGCCCGAAAGGCGGGGCACCAACGUGGACAGGGACAACCUGGCUCGCAGGUUUUCAGAGCUAGGAUUUGAAGUGAAAUGCUUUAAUAAUCUUAAAGUGGAAGAGCUGCUGCAGAAAAUUCACGAGGUGUCAACCACAAGCCACGUGGACGCUGACUGCUUUGUGUGUGCCUUCCUAACCCACGGCGAAGACGACCAUAUCUAUGCGUAUGACGCCAAGAUUCAAAUCCAAACCUUGACUGCCCAGUUCAGAGGGGACAAGUGCCAGAGCCUGGUCGGGAAGCCCAAGAUAUUUAUUAUCCAGGCGUGUCGGGGACAGCAGCACGACGUGCCUGUCCUCCCUCUGGAUGUGGUGGACCAUCGUCCCCCGGACACCCCGGAGAACAUCACCGAGGUGGACGCGGCCACGGUGCACACCCUCCCCGCGGGCGCAGACUUCCUCAUGUGCUACUCAGUGGCAGAAGGAUAUUAUUCUCACCGAGAAACGGUGUAUGGCUCGUGGUACAUCCAGGAUUUGUGUGAAAUGUUGGGGCAAUAUGGAUCCACGCUGGAGUUCACGGAGCUGCUCACGCUGGUGAACAGGAAGGUUUCCCAGCGCUCUGUGGAGUUCUGCAAAGACCGCAGUGCCAUCGGCAAUAAGCAGGUGCCAUGCUUUGCCUCCAUGCUGACCAAAAAGCUGCGCUUCUCGCCAAAGCCCAGAAAGUAGGGACGGCUCGGCCUCUGCAGCCCACACCUGGCCCUUUUCAUAUCAGAUGCACAGCUCCAGGUUCAGCUUCAGGUGUGAGGUCCAGCUGUGGAAGUUUCUUCCCCAGUAGAGAAACACUUUUCUCAUUUGUUUGUUUGUUUUUAUAUUUUCAUGUUAAAAAGGCUUGAAAAACACUCAGGAAAUUACAUAAAAAUCUACAAGCAUUGAGUGAUUUUUUUUUAUGUGCCCGAAAUAUCUAGCUGAUUGAGCUUGUACUGUGCCUUUUUAUAAAAGCUUCUUUUAUAAUGUUUUUAAAGACUUUUGGAAUCCAAGAAUGAGAUCGUAAAUUCCCUUUAGUAAGCUAUUUGAAGAUCAUGCCAUAUUAAACUUUUCUAGUUCAUA